AGAUGUGAAACAUCCAUUGCCAAGUAACUCCAAGAGUGACUUUAGAUCAUUGUUACUGCAGCUCUCCAACAGUUUGACUGGAAAAGAACUGCAGGCGCUUAAGUUCCUGUGUGGAGAUGUUCUUCCUAGAGAUAAACUGGAGACAAUCAAUCACGGAUUCGAACUUUUUGAGGCUUUAGAACACCUCAAUAAGUUGUCAGUGAGAGACAGGGAUUUCUUGGCGUCCAAACUGAUUGCUGUGAAUAGAAUUGAUUUAAGAAACCAUCUCUUAGAAAUAGAAGGUUAGUUAUAGAUCGAGUUAGUGAUCCAGAGAGUUUUUACUUUACAGCUGGAAGAAUGAUGCAACGUUCCUGUAGCCCCCAGAGUGUUGGGGUGGAGGGGGGGGUUUUUAGGGUCUUAAGCAGAUGAUACAAUUUCUUUUAGCCUCUCAAACAGGGUGUCUUUUUGGAGCUGAACACUUAAAAAGAGUUUUGUGAAAAGAAAUGAAUCAGGGUCAUGAAAUAACUUUCUUGUCUUAACCCUUUAAGCCCCAAUAUCCACAUACAAAUUCUCCAAACUGAUCUCUAUACAUUUCCUUCAAGAAUAAGUUGAGAGAAUUUGAUAAAAGAUCAAGGCAUUUUCCCUUAGGUGAUCAUUUUAUUAAUUCUCAUAACCUAAUCUCUUGACAUUGUAUGGAUAUUGUUAGGAGAAAAUUGACGUUAGACACUAUUGGGACUUAAAGGGUUAAACAGAGUAGCAAAAUGAACGACUUUUGUUUUUAGAGGGCUGAAAACAGUUUGAUCAGUUGCGGAUCAUUGGGUUGUUAUGCAGUCAUUUUUCUUUAAAGUUUAUUGGCUGCAUUUCACCUUAUGAUAAAGGUACAAGCACGGUAGAAGGAUAAAACAAUUCUAAAGAAACUGUGUUCAGCCACCUUAAACAGGGUCAGGGUUUGAUGGCCUCACUGGGACGCAUCUACCCAAACUUCCUUCGAGUGCCCUCCCCCCUUCUCCCCAGCUCUUGUACCUGCAUAAGGAGCUAGUGCAUGCAAUCUCGUCGCCACGGUCUUCUCGUUUUCCAAUAUCGCGGCGUCAGGAAAGAAGACCCUGGGACAGAAGAUCAUGUGAUCAAAAUCUUCAAUGAGGUUAGAGAUUAAUUCAAUUUGGUGGCCAAUGAGAAGAUGUGGGUGAAUCUGGAAAUAAGAUUGAUGAAGGCAAAUCGGAAAAGGCAAAAUGGCGGGAGAAGGAAAAUUUUCUUAUGGAAGAAAAUUACAGCACAAAAGUGCAGACAUCAGUAACAGGAAAAGGUAAUGUGUUAAAACAUUUUGUUAUUUGCUGUUCAUUGUUUCUUUUCUGAUUUAAAUUUCGAGAAUGAGUCUACACAUCAGUCUCUACUCAUCAGUCUCUACACAUCAGUCUCUACUCAUUGUUCCCUGGGUUUUUGGUCUUUCUCCUCACCAAAAAGGACUUGUUGAAUCAAUCUGACUACAACUUCAAGGCUCAAGUCUGUUUGAGGAGAAUUAGAAAGCGUGUGAAAUUGGGCUGCUAGCUUUAAUCCCUGCUUUUCAUACCCUAGAACAGACAGUGGAACCUCGAUAUAACAAAGGGCUAAGUGACUGGGAAAAUGUGUUCACUAUAAGGAGGUUUCAUUACAUCGAGGUUCUUUUACAUACAUUUUACUAUUAUUGGGCUUGGAAUAUCCUUCAUUAUGCCAAGUACUUCAUUAUAUUAGAGGUUCAUUAAAUCGAGUUUCCACUGCAAAUCUGAAAAAAAGAAAAGUUGAGCAAAGUUGAACGUAACUGUUUAUAUAUUUAUAAUGACAUCCUUAGCUAGUCUCUUUUACUAUUUGCUGAUUGCAGUGGAGAUAAAGUCACGUUUUUAGAAUAGUCAUGAAGGAAUGCUAUUUGCCUGAUUGUCCUGAAUAUUUCUCUUUCACUAUCUUUUGAAGUUAUAAUGCAUGUGUGUGUUUUUUUUUUCUUUUCAGGUUCAAGAAAGUUAAGAACACAGCUUAUGUGCAAGCUGUAACUUGCAGUAUCGCAAGCACUGAUGUAUAUUGAAUCUUAGUUUUUAGCUUAAGCUUCCUUUCUAUUUUCUUUUUCUUGCAUUCAUUCACAGUAUGUACAAACUUCUGAGAAUGGACUAUAAUUUAUUUGCAUAACUCAGAGAUGUUUUAGAAAGAUAGUUGAAAAAUUAAUAUAAAAUCGACAGAGUUCCUUGAUCAGUACUGGAUUUAAGAUGCGAAGGCAAGGUCCAUGUUAUUAUUCAUAACAAUCUCUUCAACAAUAAAGAAUCAUAUAGUACAUGUAUACAGAACAAUGAAAUAGUCAUUAGACAUCAUUUAGAAAAGCUACUUCUUUUUGUAGUUUAAAUACCCCCUUUCGCAUUUCAACAGUCAUCAGUCUCUCAUUGGUUGCUUUAUUUUGUUGGAAAAAGUUCUCUAGAAAUGUUAGUGGGGUGGGGAGGGGGGGCAGGGAGGCAGAAGCCCAGGAGAUUAUGGAGAUUUUCCUAAAUACAACGAGUUCAAGCGACAUUAUGCUAAGUGAUAAAUCUAUAAAAUACCGUAAAAUUCCGAAAAUAAGCCCCGGGGCUUAUAUUUUUCAAAGGCCCUUUUUGAGGGGCUUACAUUCGGAGGGGCUUGUCUACGGAGGGAAAUCUGCAUUUACAAAUCGAUUGGGCUAGCCUUAUAGUUCGAAGUAAAUGUACUGUUUUUGCGUUAAUUGUAUUACUUUGUAUUUGAGAGCAAUUUUCCUAGUACAAGCCCCUGGGGGCUUAUAUUGGAAGGGCGAUUUAACAGAGGGUUUUAUGCGUCACUGGUUUGGGAGGCUUAUAUUUGGAGGGGCCUAUACAUUAAGGGGCAUAUUUUCAAAAUUUUACGAGAAUUGAAGCCCAAUGUAGGAACUUUAAGUUCUGGUUAGCCUUAACCAAAAAUGAAAACAAAUUAUCCCAAAUGGCAUACCACGACAUUAAAUGGAAUGAAAAUAAAGCUUUCUGGAGUAAAAAAAUCAAAAGCUUGUUGGAACAGAUACGGGUAAGGAGAAUUCUGGAUGAAAGCACACUAUGCGGACAUAGGAAUCGUAAACAUGAUCAGGCAAUGACAAAGGUGGCUAAGUGAAAUAAAUAACGAUACUAGAAAAGAUGCUAACCAAAGUGUGGCCACAUUGAGACCACAACUCAAACACGGUGAAUUCUAACACUGAAAAACGGCUGUUGUUUUACUGACAAGUAGAUAAGGUUGACGUAAAACUAGAAAGGAAAAUACAAUUGAAAGAUCUUAAUUACAUGCGACGAGAAAUGUACUAAGUAAACAAAUGCGAAUAGAAAACUUAACUAGAAAAUUACAACAGGCGAAAUAAUAAACCAAAUAAAAGAGGAAACGAAAGAAAGACUAAUACGUUGUGAGCCUAUUAUAAAUUUGUCCAGAAAAACCAAAAUCCAUCGCUGAACUAGUGAGCGAAGUAAUCUCUGACCGCCGAGCUAACGAUCAUGCAGCUUUAAAAAAUAACGGCUUGGUCACCUGACUCCAAAAGGGCGCGAAAAUUACACUACCGCGCGGUCCUGGGCUGGCUAGCAGCCACACAAAGCAACAAAAUGAGAACCUACUGGAUAUUCAAAUUGAUAGACAAUUAUAAAUGUGAAGCCUACAUCGGGUCACCAAUACGUGACACAGAAUAACUCUAACAAAACUGCAACUAAGCAACCACAAAUUAGCCAUAGAGACUUCUUCUAGCCACAAAGCUAUCAUUUCUUGGUAGGAAGGGUAAUAGUUAUUAUAUUUAAUGUGAAGUUAAGGCCACCUCCUCUUUAUUUGCCCUCUUAGCCAGCAGCUGUAUUAUGUUAAGCCACAGCUUUGAGUUUAACGUUUGCGAGUACUCAGAAAUUACUUUGUUUGGCUGAUCCAGGAUGAAUCCACCAUGGACCACCUUCUUGCAUGUUAUCUGGGGAUGAGAGCCAUCGGCCAAUCACGGUCCAUGAAAGAAUUAGUUUUAGGUUGCUGUGUCCCAGGGUCUUCUUUCCUGAUGCUGCCAUUUUGGAAAACAACCCUGGGGACGAGGUUGUAGUGCAUGUGUAGUUUUCUACCAUGUGACAAGGUGGCCAUGUUGGUUGACAGGACUAUGAAAAAUUUUUCCCUGGUAUUAGCUUGAAGAAAGAUUAUAGUUAACCAAUGGAGGGAAAUCCUUAAUGUUUUUGUCUGCCAGCCUGAAAACCUGCAAUGCAAAACAUAGACUUUCUUAAAGUAGUACUUCACUAAUCUCCAUUGAUCUAUUUCCUUAAAACUUUUAAUGAAAAUGGCAAUUUUUCAUCUUGGCUGUGUCUGUUUUUUACUUUUUUUUGUCUUCUGUAAACACAGAUGAUCUGUCGUCUUUAAUGUUUUGAAAACAAGUUUUUCCCUCAUUUUCUGCUUAUUUGCUCCGAACUCCCAAUAACUUGAACUCCUGAUAACUGCAACUUUUUUUUAUUAUUUACUUGAAAGUUUGAGUCAUUGAGAGUCAUUUGUACUAUAUUUGAUGAGUGGGUUAAGAAAACGGCAGUCAUAGACUAAUGUAGACCUAUACAUUGAGCAGUAUGUAUACAUAUUACCAUAUCAUAGAAAGGGCUUAAGAAUCUUUUUAAGCUGAGAUCUUGAGAGAGGAGCUAGAAAGCUAUUAUGUGAAUUUUUGUGGUAAUCAUGCUUGGUUAACUCUUGAUCACUAAGUCUUAAUGCAGAACUCUGACCACUAGUUGUUUCUUGACUGUCAUGAGUUGAACUCAAUGGCCAUGGUUGUACAUUAAGCCAACUAGUUAUAAGCUCCUGACAGAAGGGGUUUUUAACCAUGCCAUGUUUUAUUAUUUUGUUUUCUCUAGAUGUGGAAGAUCCAUUGCCAAAUUUUCGUUCCUUGUCGCCAGUUCCUCCUCAUCUCAUAGGACUUACAAGUGCACAUCAACAGUCUCAACAGGAAGAUGGUUGGUCUCUUCAAUCCAGUGCCAGCUCACAUGUUCCCCAUAAACAAUAUCCUGGAUUGCAAAGGUAUCAUCCAGAAACUGUGCCAGUGACUGUCAGUACACAGGUUCAGCCCCAGGAACAAGCUGGAUCUUUGCGGCGAUAUCAUCCAGAACCUGUGCCAGUGACUGACAGUGAACAGGUGGCCCAGAAACAACCUGAGUCUUUGCACCAUGCCCUGUCAAGAGUAACAGGAACUGUUGAGACUUUCCCAAGGUUUGUACAUCUUUCAGUUUUGUGGCUUGUGAUUAAAGGGACUGGUUCACGAUAAUUCGCAUGUGUGAGUUCUGACAGUAGCUGAUUGUUUUUCAACCAAUCGGAAGCGAGUUAGACGCAUGCAAGUAAAUUUACAAAAUUCAAAUUAAUUGUUCACGACGCGAGAGUAUUUCCGGGCAUUUGGUUUGAUUUUAUUUAUCCCCAUAAUUCAAGUUUAUUCUUUGCUGCUCCUCUGAUAUAUGUUGCAGCCGAUAAGAAUAAGAUUUACAGCCCUGUCCUGCUUUGAAACAAACAUUUACCAACGUGUAUUUUUACGAGGUCGUACCCACGCUAACAAAGCAGUCACCGAUCGGCAAACAAAAUUUGUAAACAAACAUCUUAUUACUGUUCUCUCAGUUCGCCUUAUAUAAAUCAAGAAUACCUACAAAUAGGACCUGACCAGUAACAAAAACGCACAACGUAUGAGUAUAAAGAUUAUCCUUAAUCGAGCAUAAAUUUCAAAUGCUUAGCAGCAAAUGAACAAAUUCAUUUGCGUUGCAUCGAGUCAGUGUUCCGCAAAACAAAUGUUAUUGAGUAGCACACAUAAAGAAACUAGAUUAUAAACAGAAUAUUCAGGCAGUAAUUUAUUUUAAAAACAUCAAUUCUUAAACAUAUACGAUCGUAAAGCAAAGUUACGAGGAACAUUUUAAAUGUACCAGAUCGGUGAAGAUCGCGCGGCCUGUUGCAGUAUAACUACAGGUCGGAGUCAAAAAUCAAAUCAAAGUUGAAUGAACUCAUGCCUUUAACCACUUUCCAAGUAUCGUGUAUACUUUUCGUAAGCCACGCACUACUCCUAGAACCAUACCAGAACGAUAGGCUAAGCUUCUCUAUCCCCAAAGACUCUUGAGAACGUCCUGUUGCCGGACGGCCACAAUGCUCUUCUGAACCUCCAUGAUCAAAACAUUAUUUUUUGCGUCUUCUUAAAACGUAACCAGUCAAACUACACAACCACACGUUAAUCACCACUACCGAAGUAUAACUAGACCAGCCAAAGCGACGGAUGUCCGAAUAAAACGAAGGAUUUUCAAUGAUUGUACCGGUAAUGGCGAUUUCGAAUUUAGUGUUGACCCAUUCUCGUCCCCAGAGCCACUCGGGCUCUGGGGACGAGAAUGGUGCUGACCCGACAAAUGUAUUCUGAAGAGACAAACGGCGCGCAUGCGCAUUAUCGUGAACCAGUCCCUUUAAUACAGCUGUUUUAGUAUUAUGUAUGUGGAAAAAUGAGAGACAAAGUGGUUACCAAAUGCUUUCUUUUAAUGCAGGCUGCACACACCUUCUAUUACUCUAUUUUCUAUGCAUGCACCUCCCCCCUCCUCACCCUACUACUUUCUUGGUUUGUAUUAUGUCUUAAUCAGCCAUUACAGUUAUUUUUAGCAGCCAGGACAACACCUAUUAUUUUUUAUUAACUCCUUAUCCCUGUUUGCAGUUUUUGUUUCAAUGAAUGAAUAAAAAUUAAGAUUGUUGUUGUUGUUGUUGUGACAUCCACAUACUAUCAUCGCAGACAACUAAAGCCUGAACAAAGCAUUCAAGAAGAAUUGGUUGCACCAGAUCCUGCAGCAGGGGCCGUGGCUAAUCUUCAGGUAAAUCUAAUGCUGAAACGACAUCUUCAAUAUGAAGGAUGUUUCUUAGAUCCUGAGAAGUAUGAUCGAGUGAAGUGUUUAGGACAUGGAGCAUAUGCUAGGGUACAUUUAUGCUUUUUUUUAUGGAGUAUUUUGUGCAUAAAUUUUGGCAUGCAACAAUAGUCUGAGUAUGGAUCAAAGAAUGAAAUGAAGGCUGAUUAUAGUGACUUUGAUUCACUCAAAAGUAUCGUACUCACUUUUGUGUUCAAAAUCGUUUGUGCAAACAAACUAGGUGAGAAGAUCCUACCAAACAUAACCUUAAAAUAUUGCUGUUCAGUCUUGCAAGUUAAGUACCACCCAGAAAGUAAUGUUAAAAAAUGAUGCCUGGAGGCUUAUAAGGUGCAGAAGUAUUGACGCCCUAAAAGUAAAAUCAUUCUCUUUUACGACCCCUCCCCCCCCCCCUUGAAAAAAUAACAACAACAACAACCAAAGAGAGACUUUUGUCAUUGCCUUUUUAUUAAUUUAGUAAUUGAUCAAUCAGAAGUCAAAGGAAGAAGACAGGAAGGAAUUGCAAGUUUCAAAGCUCACAAAAACAAACAACCUCACAACAACAAAUGCAUGCAACAAUAUGACCGCAAUUGCGAGAUUUGAACAAAAGAAAAUUGGAAAUAAAUCUCAGUGCAUUUUGUCUCUGUUCAGGAGUUUUUUGUUGUAUUUGUACCAUGUCACAUGCAUGCUGGAAUGUGUUGACUUUAUCUAAAUGUUGGAUGCAAUUUCAAUUUCCUGUCUGGGCCUCAGGAAACUAUCAGGUGUUCCUUUGUCAAGUCCAUUUCCAAAGAAAUGCUCAGGUCGAGAUUUAGAUUUAAUGUAGUGAAUUCACUUAGCAUGGAUUCUUUGGAUUCAAAAUCCACUUAGGGAUUAUAGGAAAGAAAUAUGACAUCUGUUUUUGGAGUCGAGCCUGAAUUUUUUAUUUUCCCCAAGCAUUAACAUACCAAAUGUUAGUGAAGUACAGUGAGAUGGGUUUUUGCAGGAACCUGACCUUCAAAAGAAUGAGUAUAUGAAUGAUGACCUGGACCUUGAAGUUGAUAUAGGAUCCCGUAAGUAUUUAUUAUUAUUAUUUUUUGUUACUGAGGUGUUUGUCUCCCAUGGAGCCAUUAUUUACAUUGUCACACAAUGCCUUGGAACCCAUUUGACCAAGACAAAUUCUCGAGGGAAAUUUUCUUUGCUCGCACAAUGUUACAAUUUACUCUCUCCAAAGCUGUUUUUCUUUCUGUGACCUUUGAUCGAUGCAUUUGGUGAAGAAAGACAAGUAACAUGAAAGGACUGUUUAAGGAGACCCAAAAUGUAUAUUGUAGUUUCGAAAACGAAGACUGAAGCACGAAGCACCCAAAUCUCGAAAACGAAGCACCCAAAACUCGAAAACGGAGCACCUAAAUUUCGAAAACGAAGCACCUAUCGAAAACGAAGCAACCAAAACUCGAAACCACUGUAGGUUGAAUGAGUACAAUUUUACGUCUUGCAUGACGCAAUCCGAAUCAGGUGGAGGCAGCGGAUGCGUUUGCACCCUCAAAGGUCCACAAAAUCCAUCCCAAGGGUUUUAUACAAGCCUCCAACUGUUUAACUGAACGUUUCUAGAUAGGAUAUCCUGUAUUAAUUUUAUUAUUAGUCUCGCUAUACUUGAUACAUCUUAUCUUAAUAUGCGUUUUUUUCGGUACACAUACAUAUUUAUGUGACCGUAUUUUGACGUAUGCAAGUAUGCGCGAGCACUAAAACAAAAGGUCUGAAACGAGGUUUAAAACGGAGAGUGAGGCUCGCGCAUAAGACUCUUACGCCACGCUAGACAAAGGACUAGACAAAGGACGGCUGUGUGUGGGAGACUGAUGCCUGCCUGGCUUUUUCUGGCCAAUGAUACAGUAACAUUCUAGAAACAGUUUGGGCGUUCUCGGUUUUCUGAUCACGACCAAAACAUAGCCUCCCGCGCAGCGGCGGAAAUACAUUUACAACACCUCGCAGUUCUAAUUGACUAGAUUUUAACUGCAUUCGAUUCGUUAUCGUGCUUGAUUCCUGCUGUAUUAGCAAGACACUGUCUCGUGUUUAUAAAGGACAGACCGGUUUCAAGUUUAGGGGUCUUCGUUUUCGAGUUUUUGGGUGCUUCGUUUUCGACAUUUGGGUGCUUCGUGCUUCGGCCUUCGUUUUCGAAACUAACAUUUAUUUAAACGCCACGAAUGAACAUUUGUUAGUCAAUAUGACACAAAUUCUUUUGUGCUCAGAAUGAGCACAACAGUAUGCAAAUUUGAAAGGUUUAGUAGCAUAAAUAUAUAACAUCUAUCUAAAAAAAAGCAUUGGAAUGACUUUCAAAAAUAAGAAAAAGGACGUGAAAAAUUUAUUCAUCCAGUCCGUUCGCACGUUGACAGUUUUGAUAGACGUGUGACAUGUGAAAAGCGGAAGUCUCUUGUCUCUUCCGGUUAAGUCGGGGAGAUUCAUCGAGAUUUUGUGGGCGUUUUUAAUAAAACAAUUAUUCCACUCGCUUUUGUUGGAUAUGAGAUGAUUAUAGCCCACGCGCCCUCGUGGAAUAAUUGUUAAAUUUUUUUUUUCGGCUAAUCAGAGAUGGUUUUUUUCGGAUUCUUCCUGAGGUUAGUGAUCCCUGUCCCUAUACAAAAAGAUCGAGGCCUCUGGGAACUAGAUUGCCCAUGAGGCUUCAAGGUCCCAACAAGGGUUGAACAACAACGACCUCCAUUUUCACGACAUGAGUGGUUACGAAGUCGACAUAAACCAGGGCAUACCCGAUAACAGGGCCCUGAACUUAGCGUACAAGACCCAUAGUAGGGACAGUAACUCCAACAGUAACUUUAGAUUAUUGUUACUGCAGCUCUUCAACAGUUUGACAAAGAACUGCAGGUCUUGAGGUCUCAGGGUCUUGAGUCUUGCGUCUUAAGCAGGGUAUACUAUUUCUAUCUUAGCCUCUCCAACAGGAUGUCUUUUUCACGGAGCCCAGUAAGUGCCAUGCAAAUUUUUGUGCUCAAUUUCUCCUUUCGUGACUUUUUUCUCGCCUUUAAGUAUUUUUCCGGACUUUUUUCUUGACUUUUUUCCCGACUUUUGUUUCAACUUUUUCCCAACUUUUUUCUCGACUUUUUUCACCGCUGAUCACAUACAUAAAAGGCUCAUUGAUGGGUAGAAGUGCUUGGAGACAUGGCCAGGUUUUGUAACUAUUUUAUUUAGUGCUGAAAAUGUAAUACCGUGCAGUUUGACCUCCCUACCCUCCUGUCUUACAACUAGGCAAUGCUGAGCUAGGAAAACUUGUAAAUGCUAGAUUGGAAAAAUUAGAAUUGUUUCAGUCUCAAAAUGUUCGGGAUGAACUAAUUACCCAAAGUGUCUACGGUGGUAAAAUAGCUUCGUCAGCUCAAACCAAAACGCCCCACGCUCAGCUCAAACACAGUUGUUGUUAUUUAGUACAUUAUAUUGUUUUGACAAUUGCUCUUAAAGUUAACUGUCAAUUUAUUCAACUCAAUUCAACUGAUAAUUUAUUCAGACAAUGAACAUAUAACACUUUUUCAGAAUAUUUAAUUAAGUCACUAUUUCGUAAGAGCCUGUGUUAGAGAUACAUUUCUGGAUUAAUUUCAAGCUUGUGAUUUUCAUUAACAGUUCUGUUCAAGUUUCCAAAAUACGUUGUCUCAGACGUUCUUGCCCUUUUUAUCCCUGUUAAUCCUUAUUUAUGUUCUCGCCUUUUUGUUCGACCUAUAAAUCACCGGUACCGUUUUCAAAUAUUGAUGGCAAUGAGCAGUUUUAUCGGUAUCAUAAAACAAUAACACUUUAGCUCUAAAAAGUCAAACAAAACAAUCUUUCGGAGAUUUUAAACAGAAUUACGGGCAAAAAUGUAACGGUCCUUUUACCUAGGUAUCAUACCCCCAACUUUCUCUCCCCUAUUGAUGCAGCCCCUUACGGGGUCGGAUUACAGUCCCCCUUGCCCACAACCUCACAAGGUGCACAGUCCCUGACUUCCACAACCCCGCAAGGGGCAAUGCUAUCCCUAUGCAUCGACAACAACCUCUUGGGGUCACUAUGGUUUCCUCGCCUACCAAGACCACGAAAUUUUAAAAUGCUCUUCAAAUGCCACAUACUUUAUGUAAAAACAAUGAGUUAACCCGACAAGCGGCAAGAUCUCUUUGAAAUUCAUUCCCAAAUAACAUUUUCUGGCUCAGCAUUGCCUUGUUGUUGUAAGACAGGAAGGUAGGGAGGUCAAACUUUACGGUAUAACAUUUUCAGCGAUAAAUAAAAUAGUUACAAAGCCAAGAAUCAGACCUGGCCUUUGACGUAUGUGAUCAGCAGUGAAAAAAGUCGAGAAAAUUAAGCCAAGAAAGAGUCGGCAAAAAAGUCGAGAAGAAAGUCCGGAAAAAAAUCGAGAAAAAGUCGGGAAAAGUCCGGAAAAAAACUUAAAGUGAGAAAAAAGUCAGGAAAAAAACUUAAAGGCAAGAAAAAGUUCGAGAAAGGAGAAAUCGAGCUCAAAAUUUGCGUGGCACUUACUGGGCCCCGUACUUUUUGGAGCUGAAAAUUUAAAAAGAGUUUUAAAUGUUAAUUCUGUAUGCGUAAAGAAAUUUUGUCUCAAACAGAGUAGCAAAAUGAACAAUUUCUGUUUUUAGGUCGCUGAACACAGUUUGAUAGGUUGGGGAUCAUUGGGUUGUUGUGCAUUCUCUUUCUUUAAAAGCUUAUUGGCUGCAUAUCUCCUUAUGAUAAAGAGAGAAACUGUGCUCAGCCACCUUAAACAGGGUCAUUUAACUGAAAUAUUGUGUUUCACUCUAAAUUGAACUUUUAGUGGUCAGUGUUGACUUUAACACUUUUUUUGUGUACUAGAUAUCAUUCAGGCUGAACAUCAAGCUAUGGUGAAUACCACUACAACAGGUUCGUUUUACAUCUGACAAAAGUGCCCAGUGAUCACUUUUGACUUACCUGUACUUUUGUGCUUGGGUGAAAAGGAAAUGCUUGCGUUUGCACUAGCCCUAUAAUAUACAUGGAUUUUUCAAUUUCUUCUUGGUUUAUUGACUACAGCAAUUUGCUUAACAGGUUCUCCAAUAGAGGAAAGACACCCAUUUCCAAAUUUAAAUCCACUUGGGCCAGCUUUGCCAAUUACAUCACCAACAAGUACCCCAACUGGUACAGCUGCAGAUCGGCAGCCUCAACAGCCAAGUAGGGUCCCUGUGCCAGUGAUUGCAAGUUUACAGGAGCCCCAGGAGCAAGUGGAGCCGGUGCAUCAUGCAGCUUCAAAUGCCUCCACCAGCCCAACAGAUCAUUCUACUGGCUCGACAAGAAUACCUCGCCCUCCUGGGGCUGUUGAUACUUUCUCAAGGUUUGAAAAAAAUUAAUUUGAGUAUUUGACUGUUUAGUAUUAUUACAUGUAUAGCUGAAAGCUUACUUGUGACAGUAAAUAGUUUGAUAGGUCAGAUAAGAGAUGAAAGUAGGGACUUGAAAAACAGAGCAAACAGAAGCAUCAGAAGCUCUUAAGCUCUUGUCUCGGAACGUGACAUGAUCGCAAUUUAAAUGCUCAAACCCUCUUCACUAGUUGCAACUGGCGAGGAACACCUUAGUUCUGAAACUGCAGUCUUGCUUUAGAACUUGUAACAGAAAGUCAGAUACACUGUUAAGACUCUUACCAAUGGAUGAACUACAGGACAUCACCAGCUAUAGUCCAAGGACUCGCUUACCUCAAGAAAAAUAAAAUUGGACUUUAUCGGCGCCUAACGAACUUGACUGACUUACAGCUCAAUUCUCCAUUGUUGGUUUAGCUUUCAGUUGAACUACAAUUCAGACCAGUAGAUAUCUAUCCUGUGAGAAUUGAAGAUCCAAUUAACAAUUACAUGUAACAACACUAAAGAGCUUGGCCUCAUCCCAUUCACUGACAAAAAAAGCUACAUGCCAGGCAUUUUGAAAAAAAAAACUAACAUCUUUAUUGAAAGGUUGUAUAGCCGCAAUGAAAAACUUAAGGUUUAACCAGAGGUCAAAGAAAAUCAGUGCUAAAACUGCAUGUGUAUUUGACUGUUUAGUCUUAUUAUAACUGACAGCUUCUUACAGUAACCAAUUAAAUAAUUUCUACAGGUGAUGUUAUGCAAACCCAAAACGAGAGAAAGACAAUUUAAACAAAGGAUAAAAACUGGUUGUCUGAUGAUUAAAAUAAUACUAUGAAAGUUUGGUCUGAAAGUCUAUCUUUCACCCUCCUGAGUCCUAUCUGCUUCUAUACCAAGGCCCAGUUGUUCGAAGGCCGAUUAGCGCUUAACCCAGGGUUAAAUUUAUUAACCCGGGUUUCUUUUUCUAUUGUUCAAACGCAUUUUCUUGGAUAAUUUUCUCUGUUAUUUUUAAGAGCAUCCAAUCAUCAACUUGUUGUCAUGACAGAAAGAAUUAAACUGAGUUUUCUUUUUAAGUUUUCAAAUCUGAAUUCAAAUUUCGCACUAACCCUGGGUUAUCUUAACCCAGAUUUGAACAACCUGGCCCAGCAUGUUCGGUGAGGUUGAAGAUUUGCUUUUAAAUCAAGUUAAUUCCCAGCCUGUUGUUAAAAAUUACUAAAGCCUUAUCAGCUUUAAAAUGGUUGGGAAUCUCCAUCAGGUUGAGUUGUUGUGCAAUAAUAGUGAGCUUCUGCAACAGGAUGGCAAAGAGAAGAGGGCAGCAAACAUUUUUGGUCUGAGACCGACAAAAAAAGGUUUCGAGCAUUUAUUUUUAUGUUUCACUCAACUUGGUGGCAGCUGACUCACUGUUUGAAUAUUAUGAUUAUUAAUGGUGGUGCAAUUUUGUUUUAUUUCAGGCAGCCAGUCUUUGAACAGGCUACAGCUGGGAGAGAAGUGGAUGUGCAAGAUUCAGGAGCAGGUAUAGUAACAGAUGCAUUACAUAUUCUACAGACUACAGUCAAACCUCUGUAAUACGGUCACCAAAAGGACAGAACCAAGUGUCCGCUUUACAGAAUUGUCUGUAUUAUAGAGGUAGGGAAUGUAUGAUUUUUGGCAUUUCUGGGACCAAACAAACUGUCUGUAAUAGAGAGGUGUUCGUAUUAUAGAGGUGUUUGUAAGGAGAGGUUAGACUAUACCAUCAAUGACUCAUGAAAGCUGGUGUACCAUUUUUACACCACUAAAUCUUAGUCGACUGUUACUGACACUGUACAAAUGACUUAUUGAUAAACUGAAGCAAAACUGACAGCAAAUGACUGGACAACCGACAACUGAUUUGACUAACAAUAAACGAUUAACUGUAACAAAAGAACUAUCAAAAUGAACCAAUGACAUAGAGUCUUCUUAGCCGAUGACAUCAUUGCUUAACUGACAGACGACCAAUAACAUUGCAGCUUAAACCAGAGUUUAAUACCAUCAAUUGACUUGAUACAACUCACUUUGACUCCGAAAAUGACUACUGCACUGGUUGUUGAAGUGCCAGUCACUGUCAACAACAUUCCUAUUCAGUACUUAACUCACCUGGACGAUUAUGCUCAACCCACUUACUGUAUGAAAUGACUCUUGAGUUCAAACCUUUCACAGUAACAGAUGCCCAGGUGGACCUAGAGCUCAAAGGAAACCUUCAGUCUGAUGGAUGCUUCUUGGAUCCCGAGAAGUAUGAUCCAGUGAAAUUCUUAGGAUCUGGAGGAUAUGCGAUGGUAAAGGGUACAAAUUCAGUGUGUAUAGAGGAUAUUGCGGCCUUCUUAGGGAUUUAUGUAUGCCCCUGGGCUAGUGCAGGGUUGUCAAAAGUAGCCGGCUGUCGGCGAAAAUCGCCGCCUACAUGGUUAGUAUCGGCUGGCUACUCUGCUUGGCAUUUCUUUACGGAUGGCAUUUCUUAAAUAAAAUAUCCCUGGACUGGCCGUUGCAACUCAGUCGUCUACCUCAAAAGUUCUGACAACCCUGCUAGUGUAAAUUUCAAAACCCGAUGUUGUAUGUAAUUGAAGAGGAGUUCAUGUUGCUGUUCGUAUUUUACUAUUGUAUUUGGGAUUUUCCCUGUCACUGUCGCAGAUUCAACCCAUCUUUGUGUCGUUUGUCGCCAUUUCCUCUGUUUUACGUUGCUGUUUCAAGAAUACCCCAGGGAAACCUUUAAAAUUAGACUUUCACCUAAUCAGUCCUUGAUUUUAUUGUUAUUUGAAAAGUCUAGGAAUUUACUUCUCCACGCUGCAAUGCAUGAUUGAUAAACAAAAGCAACAGUUUUAAUUUAGAGGCUUUGUGAGGCCCUACUUGAUUUUGUGCAGAAUUUAGGCUAGUUUUCAUUAAUUACAUGAUUUCAUAUGGAUUAUGCAAUCCAGUGCAAUUUUAGAUCAUAAUUGGUAGGGGGAGGGAUGUCUACUGCAGGAACCCUUUCAAUAAUGUAAUUCUUCAUUUGAAAGUGCUUAUAAUUUUAAGGGCAGACUGAGGCUUGAUUUUCUUAUAACAGGUCUAUCUUGUGGUUGAAAAACGAACAGGCAAGAAAAUGGCUUCUAAGAUGUGUGAUCUACGGGCAAAUGCCACUAAAUCACAAAAGGAAAAAAGGGACGCACAAAAGGUACAAAGUUGUAACUACAAUUUAUGAUCCAAUAUUAUCGUUCCAUUUAUAGUCAAGGCAGUCCAAAAAAACUUUUUGUGGUCUUUUUUCUUGUCCGUACCAUCACUUGGGUAUUUUUGGGAUUUUCGUUUGCUGGUCUGAAUUUUAAGUUCUCUUGUCCAAAAAAAUCCCUUCUUCACUGCCCCCCAGAGUAAGUAAUGAAGGCAUGAAGUGAGAUUUUCGGAGGGAUUGAGUGAGCAUGAAUAAAACAUAAAAAUGGUAAAGGUCCUUAAUAUUUUACGUUGGUAACCUGUAACAAUCAUCAUUUGACUGACAAACCUGAGGCUGAUGGCGCACUCAUUUACCCACCACCACGACCACCACAACCACCACAACCACUGCUUUCUAAGACAGGAGUGCUGUUGAUGGUUAGACUAACGUUUGAGUCUGUGGAUGAAAUACUACGGUGUGACCAAAUGAAAGCUACUGAGCAGAACUUUCCUGUGGUACUGUUUAUUAUGCUGUACAAGGUGGUUCUAACUUUUGUGUCUGUGGAUGAAAUCCUGUGGUGUGACCAUUCAAAUGAAAGCUACUGAGCAGUACUUUCCUGUGGUACUGUUUAUUAUGCUGUACAAGGUGGUUCUAACUUUUAAAUCUGUGAAUGAAAUCCUUUGAUGUGACCAUUCAAAUUAAAGCUUCUGAGCAGUACUUUCCUGUGAUUCUGUUUAUUAUGCUGUACAAGGUGGUUCUAACUUUUAAAUCUGAGAAUGAAAUCCUUUGAUGUGACCAUUCAAAUUAAAGCUUCUGAGCAGUACUUUCCUGUGGUACUGUUUAUUAUGCUGUACAAGGUGGUUCUAACUUUUGAGUCUGAGGACUAAACCCUAUGGUGUGCCCUUUUAAGUGAAAGCUUUUUGGAAGUUCCUUCACUUUAAUAGUAUUACUUGUUUUCGUCAUUUUCUGAAAAUGAAAUUGAAAAAAAUUGUGUUGAAUUUUGACUUUUGUCACUUUUCGAAAAAGGGUGAAGAUUUUUUUAUUAGGGAAUUUUAGAUAUGAUUGUUGUCAAAAAUGGUUUAGUUUUUGUUUUUGGUCUUAGCUGGUAGAGUCUAUGGAAAUUGAAGUCAUGGCUCUAGCUUUAUUAAAACACGAGCACAUUGUUGAGUUCUUUUUUGUGGAGCAUAUUCGCAACACCGCUCUUCUGUUUCUGGAGUACAUGGAAGGGGUAAGAAAACUUUAAGUUGAUCAAAAUGAGUUAUGUAUAAAAGUUCAGAUAAAAUCAGUGGGAUCUGAUUCAAGAGGGCGUAAUGUAUGAACUUAAAAAUAUGCAAAAAAGUAUGCAAUUAAACUAGAAAAAAAUAAACUGUGGAGAAAAUGUAAACUGGUCUGAAUAGUUAACUGCAGAAUUUAAAAAAUUAUAUAAUAUAAUUGAUAAUAUCAUAGUAAAUAACACUUCACCGAUUAUUUUUCUUAUCUUAUUUACAUGUACUUCAUGUUCAUUUUAUUGCGUUUUUCUGUUUGUUUACUUAUAUUUUUAAUAGUUUUGGGUAAAUAUGUAUAUAUCAUUUUUUCACCCACCCGACUCGAUUUGCCAUGCUAGUGUCGAGCGGGACAUAUGUGAUACAAACAUUUGGUGUAUUCGUGUUUGGUGUUAUUAAAGUAAAGUGUUUUAACUGUAAGAAUACGUUAUAGUAUGAACUAUGAAAUGGAUGUUUUAACCAUUUAAAUGGGUGAACCGAUCAUUUCACGGUAUAGACUAAUGAAAAAUAAAACUCAGGACUGGUGAAUUUCGUUUAAGAAUCGCGUUUACCAAUUUCCAUUUACCGAGAAACGGCCCCAAAAUGCUCAUACUGGUUUCAAAAAUGAGUUAGAAGAAAUGGGGCACGAAUUUCCCUGUGGAACAUUCCGGCCGAAAAACAGGACUACCUUUUCAGACAUUCCGUUAAUUUGCUCUUUAACGACCCAAAAAAUCGUGUUCUUUUUCCUUUCUAACCGGAAUUUCCUGAAGCUUUUCGUAAAUAGUGAACGUUUUUCCGCCAGGGUACUCUAGAAGAGUUCCUUGAGGACAACGGACCUUUGGAAGAACCUUUGGUGGUCAAGUUCACAAGUCAACUUCUUUCUGCAGUUAAUUAUCUCCACACGAAUGGAAAAAAGCACAUUGUACACAAAGAUAUAAAAGGUUAGGUUUGAAUAGCUUUUGCCUCUUGUACGCAAGCCUGAGUGGUCGAAGGUUUUCGAAAACAGGUGUUCAUGUGAACGGAGGUUUCGUACAACGCUUUCCAAUUUUUUUUCUAUGAGAACGUAAGCUUCAGGGGCACUCAGCGACUUUUUUCUGCAAAAUAACUGUCUAAGGGGCAAAUAUUACCUAGAAAUUUCUAAAGCUUGAGAAAAGCUACAAAUUUCUGGAUAACCGUUCCAUUCGUCUAAAAUAUUCGGAGGUUUUCUAAGAUUUUCAGAGGUUGUGUUAUCCACAUUUUAAUAAAGGUCUCCUAAAACUUUCGGUAUAUAUAAAGACAAAACGUCCCCUAUAAGUUUCUAAUGAAAGCAAGGCUACUUCAUGUCCUCGAACUUUUGACCGGACCCGUACGGGUAGCUAACACUUUCGGAUGAGACGAAAAAGCCACCUAAAACUUUCGUGACGACCAAAGUUCCCUAAGACAUCCGAACAGAUGAAUAGUUUUUAGGGCAACUCCAAAUUAACCAAACAGGCUUCAAAAAGCAUAGAGAAAAGCAUCUAAGACAUUUCUGGCGUAUUUGGAAACGUUCGGUCGUUGGGUGCCCCUGAAGCUUGAGCACAGGCUACGUAGUGUAUACUUUCCCUGGAUGACUUGCCGCCUUUCUUAUUAAAUUUUACGGCCUUCCAGUGUGGCGCUGUAGUCAGCUGUGUAAUUGAGACCGACGUUUAUUUUCGUACUUGUAAAACACAGAAGUACAAAAUUUUCUUCAUUUUCUACAACAAAAUCAUUGGAAGAACGUAGAAAACGUUAGUUGUAAACGGGUAUAUGUUACUUUCAAGAUGCGAACGUGCUAGUGUAACACGUAACUUUUUUUAAUGGUUUUCGAAACGCACUAGUGUGACCUCUAGUGUGGUCAUUGCUUAAGUGUUAAUUGAAUAUAUUGGUUAUUUUAGGUUCGAAUAUUUUGCUGGAUGGCGCCCAGAAAAACAUAAAACUGGCUGACUUCGGAAUCUGUACAAUAAUGGAGGUAAGAUCAUGUCCUUUAUAUGAGGUUUUCAUACUCUUUUGCCCUGAAAAUGGGAAGUACAUACAGUAGCACACCGGUAACUCAAACUCUGAAGGGAACCAAAAAACAGUUCGAGUUUGCGGGGAAUUCGAGUCAGCGGGGAAUUGCUAAGGGAGUAAAAAGGACUCGAAGUAAUCGUCUGAAAUUCAGGCUAGCGGGGAAUUCGAGAGAUCCGAGUUCGAGUUAUCGAGGUUUUACUGUAUACCGGUUGGCUUCAAAUAAAUCAGCCCUUUGCCGUUUUGCCAGCCUUGCUUUCAAUUUUGUUCUAAUUCCCACUUCAAGUGACGUCUGGCAUUAGCAUCUCCACAUGAGAGAUCCGGCAAAAAAGAAACCAGUCGGUUUUAUUUACGCGUCAAGUGGACCUUUGUAUUCAAGGGUUUUUAUCAUGGGAGCAAUGUAGUAGCACAUGGAGGUGCAAUUGUACUCUUUUUUAUCGCUAGCCUCUCGCUCUAAACACAUAUUAUUUGUCGUCUGUCUCAUGACUACCUGUUGAUUUCUACAGAAACUAAGAACCGCCACAGAUGGCAUGGUGACCAAAAAUAAUGUAGCCUCUUUUCAUUGGACAAGCCCUGAGCUUCUCGGUGGGGAAACAUUUACUCGAAACACAGAUAUAUGGUAAGCAGAAUUCGACGGCUUUCUUGUUUGUGGAAGAAUUGACUUUAAGUCUUUGCCUAGUUAAUGUCACUCUCUUUGUCUGAGUUUCAGGUCUGUAAAUUAUAACAUUGCGCAGCGCUAUUACUGUAGCGAGUGAUAUCGUCUUCUCCAUACAUCAAUGCUUUGAUUUUUUUUUUGGAGUUGACGGAUUCCGCGCUUGCGAGUUUACGAGAUAUUAUAAAAUUAUUUCACGAGCCCUUCAGUCAGUUUUAGGCUGUGUUCCAACCUCUUUCCCAGGGUUCUCUCCUACCCACUCUUCGGAGCUCCGAAAUUUUGCUUCACUUCGAGUUUGAGAUUUCUUACAGUUCUUGCAUUGCUUUUAGGAGUGUUGGAUGUACAGUAGUGGAGAUGCUAACAACAAAGCCACCUUUAUACUUUGAAAAUCUGACUAGAAGUCAAAAAAUGUUCCGGAUUGUAAACAAUCAAAUUGAACCACCGACUGAUUGUACGUCGCUGGCGUUUGGGUUUUUAAAACGGUGCCUUUGGUAAGUAUAUUACCUGCAUACAGGAGCCCAUAACCCGGAGCGAGCAGCUCCCAUACUAGGCCUAUGUCACGGCGUUUUUACGGACCAGUUUAUUUUUAGACACAUUUAAGGACACUUUUUCGCGCGAAAAUAGAAUCUCCACCAUGUCUAUGAGCGCAUUCGAAGUAUAAGAUAUCAAAAACGAAAACUAAACGUUAUUAAAAGGCAAACCAUAUCAGUUUAAGGUCUGUAGGUUAUGCUGACUGGUUUGUGGAAUUUAAAAGAUAUUCAAAAUUCGCGCCAAAACCGCUAUAAAAAAUAAACUGGUCCGUGAAAAAGCCGUGACCAAGCGCAUGGAAGUUGCUUGCUCCGGGUUUUGGGCUCCUGUUGCAUGCCUAAAAUGGCGGCUAGUUUAAUAUUCUUUUGUUCAUUUUAAAACCAGCCUCCCAACUUCGUUCUUAAGAUCAGAAUUUAAAAGAAUAUCUUAUCAUAAGCAAAGUUAUUUGAGCUGAUAUAAGCAAAAGAAUAUUAAGCUAGUCGCCGUUUUUGGAAUGGGCUAAUUCGUUAGUUAGGGAGAGGUAGAGUCAAGAUUGAUUUUCUUAUGGUAGUAUGGUUCUAUGGCUCUCACAAAUUUAUGACUAUUCUAUUGAGAUUUCUUACCUGGAACCUGCCUUUUUGAAAAAACAGGUUUCUACGAUACUGAGCCCAUCCAUACUCGUUGUAUUGUAUCUUUUUGUAUUUUAGGCUGCGUUUAUUUGGAUAAAAAUUGCCCCGGGAAAGAGGGUCACCCUUCCAGCCGAGUUAACUUUCGCGAGCGUUUAUAUCAAGUGAGAAAAAAGCCGACCCAUUUGUCCAAGCCAAUAGCGCUCGCUCAUACUGUGAUUGUGCCGCCAUUGCAUCCUCACAGAUCGUUUUUUUUUUUCUAACUUUCUAUUCAGUCCAAAGGAAACUCGCGCAUCCGCUGCGGAGCUUUUGGUAGAUCCUUAUCUGAACCAAGAAUGACGUGUACGAAGGCUCACGUCUGGUCAUGUGGAGAGUGUUUGGACGCCACGUGCUUCCAUUUAACCAAGAGAGGGAAUAGAGCGACAUCCAGCGGAUAAGCUCCUCCGGGCCUCGUUUUAUCCUUAGGGUUUUAAAUAGGGAGCUUAAGGACAGCAACUAGGCCUGUCCCGAUUGUGCUCGUAAAAUGCUGGAAAGUUGCUUAUUGGGAUGCUAAAAAGUUGCUAAACAAAACUGCCACAAAUCCCAAACGUCGCUACCUAAAUUUCAAAAGUCGCUACGUAAGUUUCUUGAUAUUUUUAAUAUUUUUGUUAAUUAAAAGCUUUAUUUUCCGUUCUUCACAAUAAUUGUUAACAUCGGUCAAGAAAAAUAGCUUGAAAGUUACCUUUAAACCGUGGCAGGAUUAGCUCAGUCGGUGGAGCGUUUGACUGUAGAGCGGGAGGUCACGGGUUCGAUUCCCGGGGCAGAACCAUUACUCAGGGUCUUAAAAUGACUCAGAAAUGACGGUACUUCCUUUGCACUGCAAGCGGCUAGACCUUCGCGUGGCUCGGAUGACCACGUAAAAUGGCGGUCCCGUCUCCAGUACGAGACGUAAAAAUAGUGUCCCCAAUUAGCACUUUCGUGCUAAAUACAUUGACACUCAAAAAGUUCAAAGUGCAAAGAGUUGCUCGUAAAUAUGGACGAUACCACAGGUAUUUCUUUUUUUUGUAAUUGACUGAAAUGCGCAUUAAAUUUUUCCUCUAGCUUUUUUCUUUAACUUGAAGUUUUCUGUGAAAUCGUUGACUUUUUCAUGCUUGAUAUGUGCUCUAAACCUAUAUUUUGCUCAAAAAUUGCUCAGAAACGCAUAAGUUGCUCAAAAGUUGCCGAGCACAAUCGGGAUAGGCCUGACGGCAACAAGAACGUCAAAAAAGCAAUAUAUAAAGAUUGGAAAAACCAGACUCGUACCCAGUAGCUUCUCUGUAUUCGCGCUGUGAUUAAUGGAAAGGAUUUAGUGAUUCGCGGUGCAUAAAGGGAAGGACGGAAGAAAACCGCGAAGCGUCCUCCUUUUUGAGCUAUUUUGAAAAAAUAGCUCAUAUGUCAGUGGUGUGAGCGUAUGUAUCUUUGUGGCUUUGUAACUUUGUAUCUUUGUAACUUUGUAACUUUGUAACUUUGUAUCUUUGUAACUUUGUAUGUUCGGAUGUUUGUUGCAAGAGCCAAUAAGGUUGAAGGUACUAUUAGUUGAUGCUUAGGAACCAAUGAGAUCUUAGCAUCUACUUAAACAUGGCAUUGGUAAAGGUCGAACAAGGGCACUUUGAGACCGCCAUCUUCAUUCUUCACAAUUUUUUCGUCUUUUAUUACGGCUACAGGUGUUUGGAAACAUUAUGUUAAAUAUCUUCAUGAUUCAAACGCUGUGUACAGUGAUGCAGCUGUUUAAGGGUUCAUAUUUUAGUAUGGAUGCUGCUUCAAGGCAUUUCUGACCUAAUUCGGCUAUCUGUACAACGCACGUCAGUAUGAGUUCUGUUUCACCCGCUUCACUUGGGUAGAGUAUAAAAGAUCAUAUAUUUUCAAAGCUCUUCCAAUGAAGCAAUAAUUGAUAUUUAGAUAUAGACUUUAAUUCGAAAGUAUGCGCCCUAUAAAAUGUGGUUUUAGAAGUUUAAAAAGGCAGCUUAUUUUUGUAAAAGCUGUACCGAGUAUUGUUAAUCCUGUAAACAAGCUUUAAAAAUAUUAUUCUCUCGCUUACAAAGUUCAACAGACCUUUUUCGUUCUGGCAAAACAAAACAAAAAAAAGAAUAAUAAGUGAACAACAUGAUACAUCCUUCCUGCAUACUAAGUAUUAUAGUUUCUGAAACGUAUUUUAUUUAGUAAAGAUGCGUAACUUGAGUAGAAACAGUAGCAUUAGGGAAUAAAAUUGGAAGAAGCUAGUUGACACAAUAAUUAGAUACUGUUGUAUUGAGUGGAGUAACAUGAUACAAGUAGAAAUAUAUUUCGGCAGUUUGAUAAUUUUCUUGGAAGUUAAUAAAUGUUAGGCUAUCAACCUUGACGUUGCAUGAAACAUAAAUUAAUUGCAGAUGUUGUAAUAAAGCCGAGGUGACUUCUUAAAAUCGCUUGAGAAAAUUUUGUAGUAAAACAAUUUGCCUUUUUUUUACGUACGAAUUGUAAAAGGGCCAAAGACCAACAUCUUCACAUGCAAAUUGUGUGCAUGAGUUAUUUUUAUAAUUCUGUUUACUAGAUUACUGUGUGAUAACUCGAAUUCCCUCACUUACGAACC